AUGUUGUUCAGGGUCAUGGCAGCAGACAAGCCAACACGCACCCCGGCCGGUGACAAGCAGGGCGGGCGUGCCGUCUCGAAACCGAAUGCCGAUCUGGAACAGCGGCGCCGGGCGCUCGAAGAAGCGCUGGCGCAACGCGCCCCGAGCGGGGAUGCGGCUGACGAAGGGCGGCAGGAGGGAGCCGGAACCGGGAUCGCGGCUGCGCUCAAACUGUCCAGCGAGUUCGUCGCGGGCAUUUUGGUUGGCGCCGGGCUCGGAUAUCUGCUCGACCAGGUGGCUGGCACCAGUCCGUGGCCCAUCCGGCUGCGGGCAAGCGCGGAGAACGGCUCGGCGACGGGCCCGGAUCGCAAGAGGGCGACGGAGACAGGCACGGUGGCGAACGAUCCCAUCAAGCAGUUCGAGAUCAACACGAUCGUGCCGCUGGAGAAUGUUGCGGGUCUCGACCUGUCGUUCACCAACUCCUCGCUCUUCAUGGUCGCAACCGUCGCGACCGCGUCGGCCUUCCUCUAUUUCGGCAGCGCCAACCGGGGCCUCGUGCCGGGCCGGCUGCAGUCGGUGGCCGAAAUGUCCUACGAGUUCGUCGCCUCGAUGCUGCGCGAUGCGGCCGGCAGCCAGGGUAUGCGGUUCUUCCCGUUUGUGUUUUCGCUCUUCAUGUUCGUGCUGUUCGCCAAUUUGUUCGGCAUGUUCCCCUAUUUCUUCACCGUGACCAGCCACAUCAUCGUCACCUUCGCGCUCGCCAUGCUGGUGAUCGGCACUGUGAUCAUCUACGGCUUCAUGAAGCACGGGCUGAAGUUUCUGGGCCUGUUCGUGCCCGAAGGGGUGCCGGGCGUGCUCGUGCCACUGGUCGUUGCGAUCGAGGUCAUCUCGUUCCUGUCGCGUCCGAUCAGCCUGUCUGUCCGCCUGUUCGCCAACAUGCUGGCCGGCCACAUCACGCUGAAGGUCUUCGCCGGCUUCGUCGUUUCGCUCGGUGCGCUGGGCGCGGUCGGCAUCGGCGGCGCCAUCCUGCCGCUGAUCAUGGUCGUCGCCAUGACAGCGCUCGAAUUCCUGGUCUCGUUUCUCCAGGCCUAUGUCUUCGCGGUUCUGACCUGCAUGUAUCUCAACGAGCUCACCAUGGAAGCGGAAGCAGCAAAGUUCAUCGGCGCCGGUAUCGCCUGUCUCGGCAUGGGUGGCGCGGCCAUCGGCCUCGGAUCCAUCUUCGGCAACUAUCUGUCCGGCGCACUGCGCAACCCGUCGGCCGCCGACGGCCAGUUCGGCCGCCUGAUCUUCGGCUUCGCCGUGACCGAGGCGCUGGGCAUCUUCUCGCUGCUCGUCGCCCUGCUGCUGCUCUUCGCAGCGGACAGCACCGAAGCAGCCCAAGAGGGCGGCGGCGCCUUUCCGCCGUUCGAUACAUCGAGCUAUGCAUCGCAGCUGUUCUGGCUGGCGAUCACCUUCGGCUUUUUCUACUGGUUCAUCGCCAAGGUGAUCUCGCCGCGCAUCGGCGAGAUUCUGGAGACCCGGCAGGACCGGAUCGCCGGCGAUCUCGACAUGGCCCGCGACCUGCAGGAAAAGGCCGACGAGGCGCAUGCCGCCUACGAGCAGGAACUGGCGCAGGCGCGCACGACGGCCGGCGAGAUCGGCCAGAAGGCGCGCGACAAGGCCAAGGCCGAAGCCGAGGCCGAACGCCAGAAGGUGGAAGCCGAACUGGCCUCCAAGCUCGAAGAGGCGGAAAGCCGGAUCGCAUCCAUUCGCGAAAAGGCAAUGGCCGAAGUGGGCUCGAUCGCGACCGACACCACCGCCGCGAUUGUCGAUCAGCUGGUCGGCACUUCGGUCACCAAGGACAUGUUCGAUUCAAGUUUCUGGGCUCUGAUCGGUCUUUUCCUGUUCUUUGGCAUCCUGGUCUAUUUCAAGGUGCCGGGGAUGAUCACGCGCGGCAUCGACAGCCGCGGCGACAAGAUCCGCAACGAGCUGGAAGAGGCGCGCCGGCUGCGCGAGGAGGCCCAGCAACUGCUGGCCGAAUACCAGCGCAAGCGCAAGGAAGCCGAAGGCGAAGCCGAAAGCAUCGUCGAGGCUGCCAAGAGCGAGGCCGAGCACAUCACGGCCGAAGCCAAGCAGAAGACCGAGGAAUAUGUGGAGCGCCGCACCGCGCUCGCCGAGCAGAAGAUCGCCCAGGCGGAACUCGAUGCGGUCAACGCCGUGCGCGCCACGGCGGUCGAUGUCUCGGUCGCCGCCGCCGAACGGUUGCUGGGCGACAAGAUGACCGCAACGACGCGGGGCGACCUCUUCAAGGCGUCGAUCGACCAGGUCAAAACGCACAUGAACUGA